GCAGAAGACUUCGUGACCUUCCUUUGGAUGUGUUUGAAAAAGUCUCCAAGCAUCUCGUAGCAUUUGAUUACCUGAGUUUUCGAGCUGCGAGUAAAAUCUUCCGCUCUGUUGCCCCUCCAAUCAGUUGGAGAAGAGCACUGUCAGAAGGAUUGGGAGCUUAUAAUUUCUCUUGCCCAUUGCUCAUGUUUGCCGACAGAGAUGAGAGUGUUUACAAAUUUGUAGAUCCCAAUAUAAACAGCAGCAGUUCUAAUUAUUACCUGAUGAGGAUCCCCGAAUCUCUUCAAAAUCCGACAACCAUCUGUUAUUCACAUCAAGGCUGGUUGCUUUUGUUGGAACCUCUGCGCGCCGUUCAUCUCUACAACCCGUUUACCCGGGACAUCAUCAGUUGCAACCGUAGCUAUGGGGAGGGGGUUGAGGAGAGCAUGUUUUUCUAUUCAAAGUCAUCUGCUAUUACUACUUCUAAUGGCGAUUGUCCAAUCAUUAGCGUUGGUUUCUUCGAGGAGGAGAAAGUUGUGGUUAAAGUGAUCAACCUCCGCCCUGGGGAUGAAUGUGCGAGGCGUAUUGUUGUGGAAAGCAAUAGGGCUUUCAAGGCACCUGCACUGACAAGCCCGGUUUUGGUUCAAGGUGUGAUCUAUUACUUAGACCAGAAAGGACAUCUGGGAAGGUUUAGAGUAACACAUUCGUCAGUGGGAAACAAAUGGAGCUUUGAAGUUCUUGACAAGCCCCAAUGCCCGGAUGGGCUUAUUGAUUCUUCAUAUCACAACUACCUGGUGGAGUGCGGCGGGGAGCUGAUUUCGGUGUUUGUUGGGCGUUUGGGUAAAUGGGUUUCGGUUUACAGGCUGAAUGGUGAGGAAGAGGCUUGGGAAACGGUCACGGAUCUGGGCGGGUACGACUUGUACCUCAGCCCAUCUUCAUCCUCGUCUGUUUUGGCGACGACAAGAGGAGGGAACAGAAUCUAUUGCCCUUGGCUUCGUGGUUCUGAAAUUGUGUUCUUCUCUCUGGACACAGGCAAAUGGCAUUUCUCAGGGAGCGGAGAUUCAUCGUGUGAUCUUUACGGUACGAGAAUGCACCUCAACUCAUGUUGGGUUAUGCCCACUUGGUAGUUUGUUUAUUUAUAUUCAUACACAUAGUAACUUUGGGGGUGUUCAUUGCACACAUUCUUAUUGAAUUUGUUUACAUCACAGUGACAUUAAUAUUGAGGGUCUGUUUGUUAGCUCAGCUGAAGUCAAUGUGCUUAAUUAUUGAUUUAAGUGUUUAUUAUGUCACCCUCAGCUUAAGUUAAAAUGAUGUGACAGGGAUCAACCUCAGCUUAAGUUAAAAUGAGGGCCUAUUUAUUUCGGAUCAUCCCCUUGAUUAGCUUCUCAGAAUAGAGAUAAUAACAUAUGUUACCCUCU